UCGGUCGACCGGAGAAUGCCCAGUCCUUCCAAAGUUCGGUUGGUGUCGUGUCGUGUCGCUACGACCAGGGGGCGCAGUCUCUCGGAUAGGAGCUAAUGCAGCUCCUCUUUGGCUCUCCCCGCGUCAUGAACUGACUCUACCCGGGAGACACCGAAGAAGAUGGCGGCCACUGACCGUUCCCGGUCUGAAGCUGCAAAGCAACGACGGCAGGAUCAGUUGCAGCGAUGGCUGGGAUCGGAAACCGAUCAGACGGGACCGGGGACACGGGAUGGGUCAAUGGGAACCGGGACGCGGCGGGCCCGGGUUCGGUUCGCUCAGGGAGCCGUGUUCAUGGCAGCCUGUUCGGCCGGGGACAGAGAGGAGGUAGCGGCGCUCCUACGACAGGGCGCUGACAUCAACCACGCCAAUAUAGACGGACUGACAGCGCUUCACCAGGCGUGUAUAGAUGAGAAUGCAGAGAUGGUCCAGUUCCUGGUGGAGAGUGGGAGUGAUGUGAACCGGGGGGAUAACGAGGGGUGGACCCCCCUCCACGCUGCUGCCUCCUGUGGGUUCAUACAGAUCACCAAGUAUCUGAUAGAGCACGGUGCACGUGUGGGGGCGGUGAACAGUGAAGGACAGCUUCCUCUGGAUGUGGCCACUGAGGAUGCUAUGGAGAGACUGCUGAAGGGAGAGAUCAGGAAACAGGGGGUUGACGUGGACAUGGCACGGCGGGAAGAGGAGCGGGUGAUGCUGGCGGAUGCCAACGCGGUGCUGGCAGGAAGUGGCACGCUGACACCUCACCCUAACACCAAGGCCACAGCAUUACACGUGGCCGCUGCCAAGGGCUACAUAGAAGUCAUGAAGGUCCUGCUCCAGUGUGGUCUGGAUGUAGACAGUGGUGAUGUGGAUGGCUGGACCGCCCUGCACGCUGCGGCUCACUGGGGGCAGCAGGAGAUGUGUUCUCUACUGGCUGACAACAUGUGUCACAUGGCUGCUCUCAACAACGUGGGACAAACCCCUCUAGAAGUAGCCGAUGACACCCUAGUGGACACUCUGGAGGAGCUAACAAAGAAACAAAAUGCUCUGCGUACAGAAAAAGCCAAGCUGUCCCAGCCUGUCAUCGAGACCAGCCCUCCUAUCAAUAUGGCAUCGGUUCGACCACGCAAGACCUCAAUCUCUCGUAUGAGCAGCCGGGAGAAGAUCUGCCUCCACGAGAGAGAGAAGCACCCUCCCCCCGCUCUGACCAGCAGCCCUGCUGAGGAUGAGGAUGAGGAGGGGGUACAGACACAGGGACAGGCCAAGGCCUCCAGCAGCUCCAGUUCAGAAGAAGAGGAGGACGAGUCUGAGAGCGAUGCAGAAUCAGAGAAAGCUAAAAACCGAGAGAUCAUCAACAACUUGAACAACAAACGCAACAGCUCCUCCCCCCACGCCCUCUCCACGGCAACCAGCACUUCAGGAAACACCGUCAAAAAGCAGGACCCAGGGAAGCCCCCAGCGCUAGAGGCGGUACCUAGCUCAGCCCCCGGUGUGGCCCCUGGCUCCUGGAGGACCUCUCUUCGUAAGGCAGGCAGCUCCGUGACCCUGGGGCCUUCGGGUACCACCGACCCGAGCCAGGUGUCCACCCGCGGGGUGCCUGAGUCGGGCCUGGGUAUGAUCCGCUCUGCCUCCAGCCCACGCCUCAGCUCUGACACCAGUACAGACACCAAGGAACCCAGAACUGCCAGAGUGAACCCCAGUCCAACCAGACGUCUCUUCAAUAUACCAGACAGCAUCCCAGACAGCACUAGCAGGUUAGUGAACCCCAGUCCAACCAGACGUCUCUUCAAUAUACCAGACAGCAUCCCAGACAGCACUAGCAGGUUAGUGAACCCCAGUCCAACCAGACGUCUCUUCAAUAUACCAGACAGCAUCCCAGACAGCACUAGCAGGUUAGUGAACCCCAGUCCAACCAGACGUCUCUUCAAUAUACCAGACAGCAUCCCAGACAGCACUAGCAGCUGGCUGAGUCGUAGCUCCUCUUACACCCGCCGCCUCAAUAGCACAGGAUGUGAUCUCAGUAGCUCCACCCCCUCCUUGCCUCUCAGCUCAUCCUAUGGACGCAGGCUGGAUGACCCCACAGUGACCUCUACAACAGGAACUGGAAGUAGCUUCUCUGCUGGACUCAGUCGUCUCAACAUCCUAGUGGCCCAGAGACUGGCUCAGGAGCAGGCAGAGAAGAAGAAGGAGCAGGGUUCUGUCACCUCCAACUCCGUCACCACGACGACCGGCGGUGGCAGUGACUUGGAGACAAAGCAGAGGCGCAAAUCCUACUUGACCCCGGUUCGUGAUGAGGAGGCGGAGGCUCAGAGGAAGGCUCGCUCCAGACAUGCCAGACAGUCACGACGAUCCACUCAGGGCGUGACGCUCACAGACCUGCAGGAAGCUGACAAGACAAUGAAGACGGCCCAGACGGACGAAGGGAGAGAGAAGACGAGGAAAGAGGAGGAGGAAGAGGCGGCCAAUAAGAAGAGAGCAGAAGAGGGGGAGGUAAGCUGGAGAUCCCGUAUCGCCAACCUGCAGAAGUCUGACCUGUUGGGGCUGACUCAACCGGCUGGUACCUCUCGCCCCCCAACCUCCAGCCAGGAGACUAGUGUAGGGGAAAGUGAGAGUGACCGUAUCGCCAGGGAGAGACGGAGGACCAGGAGGAGAGCUCAGAGGGCUGGAGAGAGUGAUGACAACGAGCCCAGAGGAGAGGAGGGGUUUGGAGGCAGUGGGCACUCCAGCAGCAGGUCUGACGUGUCAUGUAAUGACUGUAUCGACAGAGGAGGCUCUGAGACCAACGAUUACAAGAAGCUGUUUGAGGUAGUGUCCAGGGAGAAUGGUCAGCUCCAGUCCCAGCUGCAGGACACCCAGAGGACCAUCUCUCAGACCAGACUGGACCUGGACAAGACUACCCAGAGACAGGAGCGCUUUAGUGAUUGUUCAGCAAUGCUAGAGAUGGAGAAGAAGGAGCGUCGGAUGUUGGAGCGGCGUGUGGCUGAGCUGGAGGCAGAGUUGAAGGUGCUCGGUGACCUGAGAGCUGACAACCAGCGUCUGAAAGACGAGAACGGAGCGCUGAUCAGAGUCAUCAGUAAGCUCUCCAAAUAGACGGAGAGAACGAGAGACAACAGGGAUGCCCCCUCGCCUCCUCCCAUCAUCCCUCCCUCCUCCCAUCAUCCCUCCCUCCUGUCCAU